UGCUGUUUGCUGCUUCUUUGCCCAUAUCUUGUCUCAGUGAAUUGCUAUUGAAGAUGGCGGUGCGGAAGAAGGACGGAGGCCCGAAUGUGAAAUAUUUCGAGGCCUCAGAUACGGUGUCGCAGUUUGAUAAUGUGCGCCUGUGGCUGGGGAAGAACUAUAAAAAGUACAUCCAAGCAGAGCCACCAACAAACAAGUCUCUUUCCAGUCUGGUUGUCCAGCUGUUGCAGUUCCAGGAGGAGGUGUUUGGAAAGCACGUAAGCAAUGCACCUCUUACCAAAUUGCCAAUGAAAUGUUUCUUAGACUUCAAAGCUGGUGGAGCUUUGUGCCAUAUUCUAGCUGCUGCUUACAAAUUUAAGAGUGACCAAGGAUGGCGACGCUUUGAUUUUCAGAACCCUUCCCGCAUGGACCGCAAUGUGGAAAUGUUUAUGACUAUUGAAAAGACACUGGUUCAGAACAACUGUUUGUCUCGACCCAACAUCUAUAUAAACUCCGAUAUAGAACCUAAGUUACUGAGUAAACUAAAAGACAUCAUUAAAAGGCACCAGGGUACUGUUACUGAGGACAAGUCAAAUGCUUCACACGUUGUUUACCCUAUUCCCGGCAGCACUGAAGAAGAAGAGUGGGUGCGGCCAAUAAUGAAGCGAGAGAAGCAGGUCCUCCUACAUUGGGGUUAUUGUCCUGACAGUUAUGAUACAUGGAUUCCAGCCAGUGAAAUUGAGGCAUCAGUUGAGGAUCCCCCACCAACUGAGCGGCCCCGGAAGGUUCAUGCUAAGUGGAUAAUGGACACUGAUACUUUCAAUGAAUGGAUGAAUGAGGAGGACUAUGAGGUGAAUGAUGACCGGGCACCUGUUGUUCGAAGGAAGAGAAUUUCUGCCAAGACAUUAACAGAAGAGGUGCACAGCCCAGACUCAGAUCGGAGAGAUAAGAAGGGAAGCAGUCACAAAAAACGGAAACGUUCCCCUUCUCCUUCACCAACUCCAGACUCCAAGAAAAAGAACACCAAAAAAGGACGCAGUCCUGCCACACCAUAUGCCAAGUCAAAGCGAGGACAUCGAGAGGAGGACCAAGAGGACCUGACCAAGGACAUGGAUGAACCCUCCCCUGUCCCCAACGUAGAAGAGGUCACACUACCGAAAAGUGUGAACACGAAGAAAGAUUCUGAAUCGGCUCCAGUGAAAGGUGGCACUAUGACUGAUCUCGAUGAGCAAGAGGAUGAUAAUCUGGAGACGACUGGCAAGGAUGAGGAAGAUACUUCUGCUGGAAACAAAGGGGAACAAACAAAAAAUCCUGAUUUGCAUGAGGACAAUGUUACAGAGCAGACUCACCACAUUAUCAUACCUAGUUACGCAGCAUGGUUUGACUACAACAGUGUCCAUGCCAUUGAACGACGUGCUCUUCCAGAAUUCUUUAAUGGAAAAAACAAGUCCAAAACCCCAGAGAUUUACCUUGCCUAUCGUAAUUUCAUGAUUGACACCUACCGUCUGAAUCCACAGGAGUACCUCACAUCGACAGCGUGCCGCCGAAAUCUUGCAGGAGAUGUUUGUGCAAUAAUGAGGGUGCAUGCUUUUCUCGAGCAAUGGGGACUCAUUAAUUACCAAGUGGAUGCAGAAAGCCGACCGACACCCAUGGGUCCUCCCCCAACAUCGCAUUUCCAUGUGCUUGCUGAUACACCUUCCGGUCUGGUGCCUCUUCAGCCCAAAGCUCCACAGACAUCAGCAUCCCAGCAAAUGCUUAAUUUCCCUGAUAAGAACAAAGAGAAAGCAGCAGACAUGCAGAACUUCGGACUGCGUACUGAUAUGUACGCUAAGAAAAAUGUUCCUUCUAAGAGUAAAGCAGCUGCUAGCGCUACCAGAGAGUGGACAGAACAAGAAACACUUUUACUGCUCGAGGCACUGGAGAUGUAUAAGGAUGAUUGGAAUAAAGUCUCAGAACAUGUAGGCAGUCGCACACAGGAUGAAUGUAUCUUGCAUUUCUUACGUUUACCGAUAGAAGAUCCAUAUCUUGAAGACUCUGAAGCCUCCUUAGGUCCGUUGGCUUACCAGCCAAUCCCUUUCAGUCAAUCUGGCAAUCCUGUCAUGAGCACUGUGGCAUUCCUGGCUUCAGUGGUUGACCCACGUGUGGCAUCAGCUGCUGCAAAAUCUGCAUUAGAGGAGUUUUCGAAGAUGAAGGAGGAGGUCCCCUCAGCUCUGGUAGAAGCUCAUGUAAAGAAAGUAGAAGAUGCUGCUAAAGUCACUGGGAAGGCAGAUCCAACAUAUGGACUGGAAAGCAGUGGAAUUGCAGGAACUACCCCAGAUGAGCCAGAGAGGUUGGAGGAGGCUGGCGAUGAAAUGAAGUCAGAUACCCAAUCAUCAGAAGAGAAAAAAGAAACAAAGGAGAACAAAGAAGUAGUAGUGGAAGAUGAAAGUAAGGAGAAACAGCCUGACUCUUCGAAAAAGGAAGAAGAUAAAACAAAAGAAUGUGAACCAGAGAAAGAAAAUGAAAAGGCUGAGGUAGAAGUAGCAGACAUAGAAAGAGAGAAAGAAAAUAAAGAAUUCCCGGAGGAUGGAGCAAAGAAGGAUGGCGAGUCAGAAACAGAUAAGAAAACAAAACUAGAGAGAGAUAUUGGUGAAGGGAAUCUGUCGACAGCAGCAGCAGCAGCAUUAGCUGCAGCUGCAGUUAAAGCAAAGCACCUUGCUGCAGUGGAGGAGCGAAAAAUCAAAUCAUUGGUAGCACUACUUGUUGAAACACAGAUGAAGAAGCUUGAAAUCAAACUGCGACAUUUUGAAGAACUUGAGACUAUUAUGGACAGAGAGAGAGAGGCUUUGGAAUACCAGAGACAACAGCUUCUCUCAGACAGACAAGCCUUUCACAUGGAGCAACUGAAGUAUGCUGAGAUGAGAGCACGGCAACAACAUUUUCAACAAAUGCAUCAACAGCAGCAACAACAGCAUCAGCUCCCAUCUGGCCCCCAGGCCAAUCAACAGCCAGCCAUCAUUCCUACAUCUGUGCAACCAGUACCGCCUGCUGCAGUUCAACAGGGAACUGUAAACCAGGGUUCAGGUGAUUCCAUAACUCAGUCCAUUCCACAACAACAGCAGACACCACCAACACCACAACAGCACCAGCAGCAGCAACAGGCUCAACCUGCCGUUCUUCCUCAUGGUCAGCCACCAUUUCCAAGUCAACAAGCUCCAAAUCAACUGAUGCCCAGUAACAUGCCUGUUGGCAUGCCUGCGAACAUGUCUGAACAAGGCGCCACAAUGCAGACAGAAGUGAUGGCGACUCCAUCAGCGGCAGUGCCCCCAUCACAAUGAAGUGCAACACCUGAAGCAAGACACAGCAUUUUCUCGAGAAUGGAUAUGGUGUACACAUGUGAAGAUCAGUUUGGGUGGAUAUGCUGAAAUGUACUCAUUCGCAAGUUUAAUGUGAUCAAAAGAAUCCACAAUUCUGAUCUUUAGUGGAGGUGAUUCUGGUGUCAGUAUUGUAAGAGGUGAUGUGUGCAAUGGAAAGUGACAAUGCUACACAGACCAAUGUAAAACUCAUUGUAUACAAUUACGCUAUUAUUGCUAAUGCUACACCAUCCAUGCUCUCGAUUUGAAACUACCUAGGUUCUGUUGCAAAUAAUACAAACUAUCAUCUUUAAUUUGAGUGAGCAUGCCCCUAUUUUGUUCAAUGCUUUGUUGAGUUUUGCUACUUUUCAUAUUGUGUCAAUUGUGAAAUAUCUUGUGCCAAUUUUGGGAGAAUUUGAUGCUGAGAAGACAGUAACUGCCCAUGCAACUUUUUACUUUGUUCUUUCUUUGCAAUCAGCAGUUUACCUGCUAAAUAAUUCUGCCUUUAGCCCUGGUCCAUUGUAGUGUGGUAAUAUUGUCAAGUUGGGCUGUGGCUAAGCCAAAAGUUUGAAAUUCCAAGUUCUAUCUUUAUGAGACACCAUACUUCAAGACUCUGUCUUCCAUUUUCAUUCAGAAGGUUCCAAAAUCAUUGUGUUUGAAUGUGCGAUUAGGAGUAAGGCAAAGCAGAAGAAAGGCUGACCCAGUGAGAAUUGGCCCAGGACAGGAAGAUGUGCAAGUGAGCCCAUGACAGGAGCUUUAAAUCUGAUGUUUCAGUGUCAACCCCUGUGAGAAGGUGGUUUUUGGCAUAAAGGCACCUCGUUCCAGACCUGUUUUCAAGCCUUUUCUGACUUUGGGAAAGAGCUGGACUUAAUUUGCUGUUGAUAAGUUGAACAUAUUAGUGCUUCACUUUCAGUUAAAUCAUGUCAGUAGCAAGAGUUCUAGCCUGUUAGACCUGGCAGAUGAAGGUGUUUCUUAGUGGUAUCUGCUUAUUUGUUUUCAAGUUUCCUCCUCCUUAGGAUGAAGCAAACCUUAAAAUGGGAUUGUCUUGUUGGGACUUCACCCAAAAGCAGCCUGUGGGGGAGAUUUGCCUGGGCCUUCACCUAGAUGUUGCACCUGAGAGCACUGAUCUCUGGACAGUCAGUAAACUGGCUGAGAGCACAGAGCCAGGAAAUCUCCCCUCCUAUUUUAGUUUUUUUUUAAUCCAGACAUCUUUAGUAACCAAUCUCGCUGAAAAUGGUAAUAUUUCAAAUAAUGGAGAACACAUCAAAGUUGCUGAUGUCGCAAUGAUUCUUCGUGUCCUAAGUAUUGUGUUGGUUAAUAAGGGUUGGUAUGUCUUGUAGCUGAUCGAAUUAGUGAUAGUUAUCAUGAUGAGAUUUGCAAUUUCCAAAUGAAGUAGGAGGCCAAUUAUAUUAUUUGAUGGACUGUGUAUGGCUUUCUGGUCCAGACACCAUUUCAUUGAUUGCUGUGUGUCAAGCUGGGUCCCAAGGGAUACUACACUGCUGUCAAGAAAGUAAACUCUCUAAUGAAUUUGUUUAGGAGAGAAAUCUAAGUAAAAGCUCAUACAUGAUUCAAUGCAGUUUUUAUGUUGUAAGUAAAAUGCCGUGCUUUACACAAAGUUUUGAGUUUUUCACUCCCCUAUUCAUUUGGACAUUUGGGUCCCUUUUUGUUAAAAUGUUGAUAGUUUAGAUACCAAGAAGCAGGUAGUCAUAUUGUCCUGCCCCAUAACCCCGCAGAAUAGCAAAGUUGUUGCACGGUCCAAAUAUAUAAUUUUUCCACUCAUGACAUUGGGAAGAUUUAAGGAUUUAACCUCCUAUUGUUUAACCCAGAAAUGUAUCAAGCUUAAAAUUUUCUUUCUUGUGAGUUUAUUUCUAAAACAAGAAUUCAAAGUUUUAAUAUUGUAAUGGGAUUGUUUCGUAAAUCCUACUUUAAUGGGGUUAUUAACAGUGACAUGAAUGUUAUUGGGUUGUAGAUACAGAAAUGCAUCCUGCUGUCUUGAUCCCAAACAGACACAGAUGGACACACAUUGGCGUGCACACUGGCACACCCAUUUGCAGGCACAAAUAUGUGCACGCAAACUCUUUAAAAUGAAUGAUCAUUUUAGGUUAGAGGAUUGCUUGCUGACUAGCCACAGUUCAAAUGUACAGUUACCAUAGAUCACAGUGUACAAGUCAACUUUUGAAGCCUCUCAUUCUUUCCAAAAAUGGUGUUGACUUAUAUGUCGAGCAUAAGGUGCGAACAGCUGAUGUUUGGUGCAGAUGAUUAUCAUUUUAAAAUGAGAAAAAAAUUUCAAAUUAAAUCAUUGACGUGUUUUAUUGAUUACUUCCACUUCACCCACAUUCAAUAUGUUUUUUUAAAUGUUAAAUUGAUUGUUUGUUGCAAAGAGAUCAUCAUUUUGAUCCAAAUCACUUCAGAUAUGGCCUCACCAGAAGGAUCCUCCUCUGGAAAAGUUUAGUGCUUUCAGUUUUUGAAUCAUCUCUGCACCAGAAUUCAUUUUCCUCUCCACCCAUUGAAUUGCAUAUUCUGCAACGUUUGAAAGAUCUGAUGAUAGUUUGUGCAUUAAUAGCAUCCCACAAUUUGUUUGCAAACAUCAUUUGGGAUAGCAUGCAUAUUUCCACUCUUUCUUUUUCUCCAUCUAUCCAUCCGCUUAUUCCAUUUGCAAAAACAUGAUUCUUCACUGGCUUGUUGAUGCGCACAUCCAAAGGUUGGACUCCACACAUUCCACCCACAGUAUAAUUACAACCUUGGUGUUAAUUCCUCACAGAUGCCUCUUAAUGUUAUUGGAUUUAUGCCAUCUGAGCACAUUCUGCAGCAAAAAGCUGUAUGAUUUAUAUAGGCUAUCAGGAUCUCUGCUCCAAUCUUAUGAAACCAUAGCUCCACUUCAUCUGACCAGAGUCACGGACGUGCACAGAAAUUCCUGCAGGAACUUGAUUUUGGUAUGCUUUUCAUUUGAAAGUUACCAUAGCCUCUAAUUUUAUUCCAUUUGUCAUGCAGGCUGGUACUACCAUGAAUCAUUCUCAUGUCUUAUGGUUUUUACUAGAACUGUUUUUGCACCAUUCUAUUCAAUAGUUCAGUUGUUGGGCAUAUCGCAAUGCGUGAACAUUUCAUCCAUGACCUAAUGGUUUUACAUGUUUUUGCUGCUGUCUGAUGGUGAAACUGGUUGUUUUUGCAUCAAGGCCUUUUGAUUAUCUCUGAGCAAUCUUGGUCUGCUACCACAAGAUUAGACAUUUUUAUUUCAUGAAGUGGCUACACCAGCUGUUACUGAGUCUUUGCUGGAUUGUGUUUGAUUUGGUCUUUGCUGGACUCAGUUUGAUUUAAGCGCAUGUAUAUGCAUGCCAACAACAUUGAUUCAAUUUCUGCACUCACUGAGGUUACUUCUCAAUCUCUCCCCUCGCCUCAGAUGUGAUGAUCCUCAGAUUAAACCAUCACCAGUCAUAUCCCUUGAAUGAGAGAGUAGCCCUAUGGUCUGGUAAGACGAUAGCACCUGCAUUUCUGGUGAUGACCUAGCCAUUCUUAGAACUCAAGGGACUGUAUUAAUACAUGCUUCUCCAGACCAGACCAUUGGCUGGUCCCCACUCUCAGGUGUGUUUAGUCUUGGACAUCUCCCUCAGGGCGGAUUACUCCUGCUUCCAGACUUGCACCAGUUUUUUUCACUUCACAAACUCUGACAUUACAGCAUAGUUAAUAGGCAAGUUAGCAAAUUUUUACUGGAAGACCCAUUUCUGUUCUUCAGUCACCAUGUGUGUCUAUUCUUUGUGUGCAUGCUUUCAACUUCAAUUGUUUCAUCAUGGUGACACAGUCUAUGCCAACUGCUUGAUCCCAUGUGUUGACUUAUGAGGUGAAAAAUAAAGACCAACUCCUAAUGCGAGUACAAUUCUUAGUAGAAAAGUGGAUCUGCUUGAAUGUCAAGUCUAGGCCUAAACAUGUAUUUGGCUCUGGAAAAAUGGGGUUGUUUUCUACUCUGUGAUCUACAGUACUUGAAAUUCAUUAAAUUCUUAAUGUUACAAUUUAACUGCUACAAUAGCUGCGUCAUAUCAAUCCUGUCCAGACUUUGCUAAAGUCAACGUCAUGAUUCAAGUGGUUAACGUAGUGGACAACAGCUACUUGUACACUAUCAUCUGGAAUUUGAAACACCAGCCUUAGUGAGUAGCCAGUAGUUGCUUAGGUGCUAGAUGAGGAACAGACAUUACCUGAGGAAUCAGCUCCUCAUUAUGCUGAGGAAAUGAGUGGAUAAAGCAUGUGUUUAAUCGUUGUUUCUGGGAGAAUUGAGCCUUCUUUGUACAGUGUUUUAUUGGGGCAAAUAGUAGCUGUUCUGGAUAGUCACUAAUAUUAAUGCUAUCAUUGCUAAAGUAGUGCCAAUAGUUUGUUUAAUGAAAGGCCUCAUGUCUUCCAUCUGUUCUUAAUCCUGGAAUUCCAUUUGAAGGCAUAAAAGAAAGUAUUGGAUGAUACCGUAAUGUUUGUUUGCCUUUUAAUGGGGAAUGCUGGGACUACCAGUAGGUUGAUAGAGAGGAGGAUGACUAUAUUAGGGGUUGAUGAAAACCAUCUUCAGUGACUGCUUGUCAAAGAAGAAUGUCGAGAUUUUUCUUGAUGUUUUAAGCUGCCCACUUAGAAAUACGUUUAAACUCCUAGCCAGCUUCUCAUAUGCUUCUUAUGCCUUCUGAAUAAUUCCUGCAAACAUUAGAAAAUACUUCGUUAAAAUUGCUGGGCUUUUUCCUUUUCAUUGCAAAAAAAAGAGAGCCAAGCUCUGCCAAUUUUGAGCUCUCUGUCACUGAAGGGAAUAGCAACCUGACAGAAUCAGCAUACAAAUUGAGAUUAAAUUAACAGGUAAUGGAACACGUGUCAUUUUUGCUUAUAAUGCAUCAAGAUAGUCUUAUUCUUUUGUUUAUACUCUUUUUUUUCCAAUUCUGGGAAACACUAGCUGAUGGUGAUCUGCCCUUCAGUGCCAAAUCCCGCAUGUUUUCAUAUUCAUCUGAUCCUCCCACCAAUUUAAUGUGCAGGGUGACAAAUAGCUGAAUCGUGUACAUGGCUCCACAAACGUUGUCAAUGCCAAUGUAUAGGCUAUGUCGAGUGAAGUUACCCAUUCUCAUUCAGAAGACAGGUACUUUGCCAGUGCUAUGUGCUCCCUGCAGUAGCAGUGAUCAUUUCUGGAUAUAAGGGCCAAUACAUCCAACCUAGUAUGAGCAGAGCAGUGGAGCGGUUUGUGUGCUUCAUUCAGUUGAGUGUGAUUUGAGCUUUUACCGCCAGGCUAAGAACAGUUGCAAAUGAAUUGAUACCAGCUUGAUGUUCUUUUCUGUCAAUUGAAAUAAGGCAAGUGUAAAACUGGGUGCUGAAUCACCUCACCCUAUCCUUCCAGCCUGUCUUUGGUUAGACAGUAAAAUCCUCUUGUCCCUAAACUCAGCUACUUCAUUUUUACCAAGUUGGUGUGAAAGUGUUGUCCUGUAAGGAUUAGAUGACUUAAUAAGGAUGGUUUUUAACUAUCAGCGGAAAAUCUAUUCCUGCCAGGAAGGUGAGACCUUGCCUCCAUUCAAAUAGGAGAGCUGUAGGGCCUACCCUGAGCAAAACUGGAUAUACCAACUUAUUAUAUCCAGAAAUUACAAUCAUUGUCUAAUAGCUGCUACAGGAGCUGAACUGCACCAUUGAACAAGGUCCUGAAUAUUCAGCCAAGCAUAAAGGACAAAAUGGUGAUCAGGAUUGGAGCACACGCGGAAUGGGAAGUGCCACACUUUGAAAUCGAAGCCCAGACAGUUUCACUGGCUGCAUGGAGUUCAAAUUGGCCCUGAUAAUCUGAUAAAUAUGGCAAGUGUUAUGAAUGAGGGAAUUGCAUGGCUUGAGGGCAGGAGGUCAAUGUAUACAUUUUCCUUAAAAUGUGGCUUUUUUAUUGCAUAUUUGCUCAUUUGUGUUAAUAUUUUCUUAUUUUAAGUUGGGAAUGCCUAGCUGUGUACUAUGCUGGUGACAUACAUCUGUGCUGUACAUUCCCUGUUCUCAGCACACUAAAAAUUAGAUUUUUAAAUAGAGUUUGAAGCUUAUUUUUGAAACAAGCCAGUGUUUUUGAUUGCUCAGAUGAAUUAUUACUGCCAUGGAAUCAUCCAGACUCACUCCCAUUUCAUCACACUAGAAGCUUCUAGUGACAUUCAAAUAAUUCAUGAUACGUUCUGAAAAUUACAGUAUUACCUGAAAAUGUUGUCAGUCUUUCCUGAAAUUCAUUUCAAUGGAGCAUGAAGGAAUCCAUUUUUUAAAACCAUGAAAAUAAAUGAACUGAAAAUUCUCGUGGCUUAUCAUAUGUGCAUGAGUAUAUCUGUUACAAUAAUUAGGUCUUCCUAUCACUGAUUUAAUGGGUAGUGAGGUAUGACCUUUGUGAAACUUACCUUCUGGCUCAUAUUGUCCUAAGAAAGUUUGAUUUAUUUUCAUGUGUUACAACAGUCAGCUGUUCAUGCAGAGUAUCUUAAAAGUAAAACAAAUUCUCGGCAAUCCUUUAAAAAUGGACUGUUCUUUUUACAAAUUGAUAUUUCAAUAGUAGUGUUUUGUCAAAAUGUAUUUAGUCUGUAACUCUGUAGUCUAUAUAGCUUUCGCUAUUAUGGGAAACUGCUAAGAAAUAAAUUGUACUUACUAAA